AUGCAAUUGUCUCGAUACCAUAAUAUAUCUCCUACUCCUCCUGCGUCACCUGGGCGAAUACGUCGCAAACCUUUAGUUGAAACCGACACUGUUCAUGUUGAAGAGCUACCUGAUGGUACACAAAUCAAUCAAUAUAAAAUUGGAGAAGAGCUUGGAAGGGGAUCUUACGGAUUAGUCAAAGUGGCAAGUAAUGAGGAUGAUCAUGUAGAUUAUGCUAUCAAAAUUAUUUCCAAAGUGAAAAUGAAAAAGAGAGCUGCACUAACCGGCCGACGAGUUGAAAUGCGAAAACUUGGUAAGGUUGUAGACCCUUUCGAAAGCAUAUACCGCGAAAUUGCAAUUAUGAAGAAACUUAAUCAUAAGAAUAUUGUACAACUUAUUGAGGUUCUCAAUGAUACCAACAACGAUUACUUUUAUAUGGUUUAUGAAUUAUUAAGCAAAGGAGCCGUGAUGCCGGAAAUUCCGACUGACAACACAUUUUCUGAAGAACUUUCCAGACGAUACUUCAGAGAUAUUGUACUAGGGAUUGAAUUUCUUCACUUUCAAGGCGUUAUUCACCGUGAUAUCAAACCUGCAAAUUUACUACUGACGGAAGACAACGGAAUCAAGAUUGCCGAUUUUGGCGUUUCGGAACUAUUUGAGGGUUCGGAUGCUUUUGUUACUAAAUCAGCUGGCACUCAUUAUUUUAUGGCUCCUGAAGCUAUUGCCCCCGAAAAAGCUAAGAGCCAACGUGGAAAGGCGCUUGAUAUUUGGGCAAUGGGAAUAACGUUAUUUUGUUUUAUUUAUGGACGCUGCCCUUUCCAGGAUGUGCAUAUCAUGCAGUUAUUUAAGAAGAUCAGCACUGAACCACUACGAAUUCCAGAUGAUCCUUAUAUCGAUCCACAAUUGGAAGAUUUAUUAUAUCGAUUACUGGUAAAAAAUCCGAGUGAACGUAUCACGAUUUCUAAAAUUAAGGAACAUCCUUGGGUUACGUGUGGGAACACUGAUCUAAUGCCGACGACGGAAGAUAAUUGUACUAAGAUUGUUGUUACCGAUGAAGAUAUUACUCGUAGUGUUGGGACACUGCCGCAUCUAAGCACUUUGUUUCAUGCAAAGAAGAUGCUGAGGGAAAAAUCAUUUCGAAAUCCUUACCAAAUAGGAUCGCAAAGAUAG